GUGAAAUCCAUGGUCUCUCUUGUGUUGUUUGGUAGAAGAGGAACGAGAGAAGUGCAUGUGUUCUUCCAUGAUACCGAUCGAUUCUCUGUCCUGAUGUUUUCUGCGACUCAGGGUAAUGUUGAGAUAGACACAAAACGAAAAUCAAAAUUUCUUCAGGAAAUAUUAAAGUCAUUUCUCGCUCGACUAGGAUCUUCAGACUCAUUCAAGAUAUAUGAUCGCCCUUGCUGCGAUUGUCGUUGUCCAUUUCAUCCAGACUUCAGAACCACAAGCGAACCACUUUGACCGGGUAUAUGAAAACAGACCCAGUCUUAUGCUUCCUCUUCCUCUAGCGAGACCUCCCUUUAACUCGAGCUUCAAUGAAUAUGAUUUGACGCAAAGUUCUUGUAUCGAUCCAUUUUUUCGACGUCCUCUUGUUUCUUCAUAGCCAUGUCGUUUUCUGGCACUUUUUGUCUAGCAAGUUUCAUCAUGAUGGUAUCAGCACAAGAUUUCGCAUUUUCCUUUCUGAGAUGAAGAAAGAUUCAGACUGAAAAGUACCAUAGCAUUUAUAACGAGAAGGAAUAGGAAAAUAAUGAAGGAGCGGAAUGCGAGACGCGCACGUGCGCGAGAGGCAAAACGUGCACAGGCCGCUGAGGAUUCAGGACAAACUCAAGAUGACGAAAUGGUUACCAUAGUAUGGCUCCGUGAUGACAUGCGCCUAGUGGACAAUCAUGCUCUAAGUCUCGCAGCUUGUUCUCCUCAAACAGGUGGCAUUGGUUGUGGAAAUAUGAAGAAGCAAGCGGUUGUCCCAGUCUUCAUCCAUGAUCCGAGUGAAGCUGAUUACAAUCCUUACCCACUUCGUGGUGCGGGUCUCUGGUAUAAGGGCGCAUCGUUGCGGCAUUUCGCGAAGAAAUUGAAUUAUGAAUCGGCCUUUAGAGUAUGGGUAAAAAGAUAGGACACGACGCCAAUCACAUGACCAAUCUUCACAUGAGAGAGUAUCUAUAUUAUUUAGCUGUAUAAGUUCCUGACCCCUCCUCCUCCUCCCUCUACCUCUUCUAACCCGCAGACAAGUUUAACGUGCAAUUGAUCGUCCGUUUUGGUCAUCCGCUUGACGUUCUGUGCUCUCUAGCUGUGGAGACCGGUGCCAAACGUGUGGUUUGGAACGAGAGGUAUGAACCGUGGCUCGUGAACGAUGUAGACGAAUUUGUGCGACGACGACUCAUGAGAGUCCGCAUUGGAGAUAGGUUAGAAGAUAAGGUCAGCAGAGGUUUUUGGCGGGACUAUAGUGGAGAAGAAGUACUUGGUACGGCAUCGACGUUGAUAGAAGACGAAGAGGAGUCUGCUUCUGGUAGUAGACCUGAUGGAGCUGGUGGUAGUUAUAGUUCGACAGGAGCGGGAUGGAGUGGGACUACUUCAUCUGGUGUUAUUAAAGCUCUUGGAGACGCUGGAAGUAAAACAGGUAGAGAGGCUAAGAUAAAAAAGCGCAAGCUGGAACUGAUAGCGGAUGGUUUAGACGCGGAGUCGGCUUUUGAAGUGGCUAGGAUGCAGUUUGAAGAUGAAGAAAAUGAGGCAGGGCAGGUUGUAGAAACGGAGCAAGAGCAGAAUACUCAAGUUGUAGUAGAUCUUCCGCGUACAGCUAGAGAACAAGAACCUUCUUCCUCACCUCCCUCCACACUCUCAGAACGUCUUCGUUUUACCGAGGAAAUAGAAGUAAUCGUUUGUCCUGGAAGUUUACUCGCAGCACCGUGGGUCAGUGAUCCUGAGAAGAACGCAGAGGGCUGGGGCUUUGGCUCUGUGCAGUGGUACAAGAAAGCUCUCUGCAACAUCCCUAUGGAGAACAUGGUCGAUCAUCGCGCUGAACUAGGAUUAGACGUUGACGGGAAGCCAGUUACAAGUAGUUGUACGACUGGUUCUGGUAAAGGAAGUUCUAGUGCAGAAGUUUCUGGUCCCUUGGAUCUAGAAGAAUAUCUGAAACCUCUACCAGAAGUACAAAAUCUAGUACCUUACUUAAGGCCCAGCUUUCAAUGGUCAUUGGGGUUGGUCACUGAGAUCGAAGAGGCGACCCCUUGAGAGGACAGGGGAAAACGAAGGGAAAGGGGAGAGCUUUGAACGGGGUCCCUUCCGUUCAGAGUCAGUGACCACUGAAGGCUGAGCUUUAACUUACGCUCCAUCUUCAAACACGGGAGAUCGAGGCGGAGGAGGUGUUGAGCUCUUUUCCUUCUCCUUAGACGACUUGGCUUACGAGUGGUCGUUCGGUAAAGGGAUGCCUGUGACGGAACAGAAGGCAGAGAGAAUGAAAAGUGAAGACCCACGCUACUUGCCGAAAGAAGCGACGUCAUGGUCUCAGAGACACCCGCAGUGGAAAUUAGGGAUCUUUAAGCAGUUUAAUCCUAGGUAUUACGACUUGCCUCCUUCAGGACGAAGGUCCUCUUCCUCUUCAACCACUGCAAUAGCAUCUUCAUCCACAACUGCAGCUACCUCUAGUUCUGCCAAUAUGAAAGCAUCAACCCCAAGCGGCGCCCCCUCUGCCCAGUAUGGGAAAGUGAGACCUGGGGCAGCCUCUGUUUACGACUGGGCUUAUGAGAUGAAGCAGUUUUGGCCUGUCGGUGAAGGCGCAGCACAAAGACGCUUAGACAAGUUCUGUGACGAAGUUUUAGCUGAGGGCCUAUUCGAAGGUCGAGAACGGUUUCGAGCUGAUAGGCAGUACACAGCACUUCUCUCCCCCUACGUGCGGUUUGGAGAAGUAUCUGCGAGAACCUGUUUCGCCAGAGGCGCACAGGUCCUUGGUGAAAUCCACUUGCCAGAGAAAGGGUGGAGGCAGUUGAGGGCGACGUUUUUACGUCGAUUCUUGUGGCGGGAUUUGGCGUACUGGUGUUUGUGGAGGUUUCCAGAUUUGCCGGAUACUUCCUUGCGUAGUGCAUAUGAAACUCAAAAGUGGUGGACAGAGGAGGACGACAAGAAAAACUCAGGGUCGUUUGUUGGAGGGAGUAAGAAAGAAAUGAAAAACAACUCAACUGGUGGUGGUGGUGGUGGUGGUGGUUCUACAGGCGGAGGCACUGAGGCAACAGCUGGAGGUCAGCAUGAAAUGAAAACUCGAAACCGUUUCAGGAAAAAAGUGAAGGAACCUGUAGAGCAAAAGUCAUUAGGAGGUGCAGGAUCUUUCGCGCCACCAGGGCGCAGUCAAACUGCAGUAGCAUUGCCAAUCACGGCGUCGGAAGUAGCAGGUGUUGUGCAACAACCUAAAAGUAGCUGCAUGGGACAUAUUCAGAGUUACUUCGAGGAUCGUGAUGAUGAACAGCUCUCAACAACUAGUACACAAGGACAAGCACAACGACCACCAUCUUUAGCACCAGGACCAGACCCUUCCUUAUCUUCAAUCGUAGGAGGAGAUAAACAGGAAUUGAUUACUCAUCUUCGUGCUGGAGCAUCUGCUGGAACGCGAUUACGCAGAUGGCAACGUGGCAAAACUGGUUUUCCCCUAGUCGAUGCGGCCAUGCGCCAGCUAUGGAGGAUAGGUUGGAUGCCGAACUACUUGAGGCACGUCUGUGCCCAAUUCCUCAUCGAAUACUUAGACAUCAACUGGAAAGAGGGUUUCAAGUGGUUCGACUACACGCUGAUCGACACCGACGUCGCGAUCAAUGCGCACAUGUGGCAGAAUGGCGGUCACUCCGGCUUAGAUCAGUGGAAUUUCGUGAUGCAUCCGGUGUUUGCAGCUAAAAGUUGCGAUCCAGACGGUGACUACGUACGACGAUGGCUUCCGGAAUUGAAGUCUCUGCCAGUCGAAUACAUCCAUUGUCCGUGGCAAGCACCAGCUAAAUUCGACAUCGCAGUCCUACAACCAGCUGCUUAUCCGUUCCGAGUGAUCAACGACUUGGACAAAGCGAGGAAACUACAUGCAGAAAGAGUCUUGGCAGUGAGGAAAGAGCAUAGGAAAGAGUUGGUUUCAACCAGAGGGAACGAGUAUUUAUGGUUAGACUGCGACUAUGUUGAAGAUUGGACACCGGAAUGGGAAUUGGAUAGGAGAAAACACGUGGAGAAAAUGCUAAGCGUCUCUACGAGUGCAUGUAAAAAAGUUGUAGAGGAUAGGAACAAUCGUGGGGGUGGUGGUAACAAGAACCAGAACAAGAAAGGAAGUGGUAAGGGCACCGACGACUCAGUGAACGAAGAGGGCUGUGACAAUCCCAAGAGCAGUGCAGGCCCUAAAAAUGGUACGAAGAACAAGGCGACAAAGAAUCGAAAUCUCGGCAACACUCCCUCCACAACUGCCGAGAGGUCUACCACGGACGACGAAGAAGAAGAGGACGUCUCAUUACAGAACUUAAUCACCAUGCAGCAGCAGCAACAGGCCAACAUCGCAGCACAAAAGGAGAGAGCUAAACAACGACGUGAAAUAGCCAAUAACCCUUCUGUCUUUCCACGGAUGCAAACGAUGCUGCCUACGAAGAAGAACAAUGCGAAUACUCAAGGGAACAAGAACAAAAAUUCAAGAGCAAGUGCCACUGCAGAAGCUAGGGCAAAAGGAGGCAUGAGGCAAAGGGUGGAGUUGAUUACCAGAGUUGACUUUCGAGAGGACUCGCUAGAUUUCUUGACCCAACAAACAGCAGAUCGACCGAGGCACUUGAAAAAACGCGAGUUGAAAAACACGUGGGAGCAACAGCUGAUGAACGAGGUGAUGAACGAGUGGCGUCGGACAAAUAAAGUCGAUGUUGAGGAUGUUCUGUAACGUUCUACUUAGCUAAAGUUUGUCAGAUAUUGAUAUAGCAGGAUGAUCAGGAAGUGAAACGCAAGUUUUCAGCUUCCUUGUGUGACACAGUGUGCAGUGAGUUCCUGCAUCGGAAUCGAAUGCGAUUUGGUUAUACAAAAAUGUACUAGAUGAAGAUGACUAAAAAGGAUUCUUGUAUCAUACUUUUGGACAACGACAAUAAAUUUGGGAUACAUAUGUAUAAAGUCGUGUCUUCGUCUUCUAUCUUCGGUACGCGCAAUCUCAUCUUCCCUGUCAACUCGUGAGUGAAACUGAGCAGAUCCAUUAUGGAUUAGUUUAGCUCUCUUCCCUAUCCUCUCGCAGUUUUCAAAACCUUCAUGUUAAUCUUUUAGUACAACUUCAUGUUAAAAGACAACAACUUCACGUUAAAGAUCUUUUAGUUUUAGUACAACAUCUAGUUAGAACAAGAUGCGACUUCUCUUACCCGUGUCGUCCCAUCGAUGGGUUUGCAUUGACUGCAUUCAUAUUGUGGCGUCCUAUAUGAUUGCAAGCUAACCAUCUGGUGACCAUACAUGGCAUAGAGAUAGACCGUUUUUAGUGAAAGUACUAGUCUACUUGGAGCUAAAACCUUCAGUCAGCUCGAAGAUGUUGUAUGCUCCCGCGACAAAGGCGACAAAUACUCAAAAUCGUGUGAAGAAAUCUUUAUUGGUGUGAAAAGAAAAUUGUUGAGUAUUUGUUGUUUUCUGACUGUUUCAGAACAAAGAUAGAUACGGUGAAGAAUACCUCUGGAACUCACCGUGUUUGCGAAUGGGUAGGCGACCUGGAC